UCUAAUCACUUGGUUUAUUGUUUUAUAUUCCAAUUUUAUCAUAAUUAAUGCUUUUCGGCGACAAUCUCCUCUAUUACUUCACUUCAGUUUAUGGACUAGUAAAGGAAAGUGCGACCGCGAGGGAUGCCCCUAUGUUACAGGCAAAUGGUCACCCUGGCCACAAGACGUUUCUUCUUCUACUUAACUAAAUCGCUGUAUUACAAAUUCGUAUCGCCUUGGUUGUACCAAUGUCACAGUUUUAAAGCUACCUUUAAAUAUACAUACAUGCGUGAGAUAAUUCAACUAUAGCAAUACCUCAGGUUUUGCAUUACUUUGUCUAUCUCGCUUAACGUUUACAAAAAGUCCCCAUCGUUUCAAUGCGCAUCCAAACCGCAGUGAAUCUUGUUUGAUUUUAUGUUAGCAUGGAAUCGUCAAGCAAUCAGAGCAAAGCAAUUUCGGCUGGAAAUUCUUGCAGAAACUUAGGUAUCGUUGUAUCUGAAUUUUGCCGCUUACGGUAUUUCAAAGAUCCUCCGCUAGAGGACGACACAGCUCACGCAACAAUGGUAAAUGGCAAGCAAUGGCAAGCAAUGAUAAGUCCCUACAAAUUGGUACAGACUGCUUGUGCAAAAAUUGGUACACAGCAUGGAAACCCCCUGCAUGUGAACAUAUUACAUACAAUCAUACAACAUGUGAGAUAAGAUAACUUUUCUAAUACUAUUUAUAUUUGUGUAUGUACGUAUAUAUUGUAAAUCUUAUCACUUGAUGUCUUGUUGGCGGGCAUGGCUUGUCGACAUUUUUUUCAUUCAGCGGUAACUAUAAGUGGGAUGGCCAAACUGCUCUUUAGUUGCAAAUACGAAUCAGUUCACAGGAAAACCCCUUUCUUUGUACAUCAUCGUAUGCGUACUAAAUUCUUUGUCCAUGCAUUAAGAUCUCAAAUAUGACAAACAGUACCACAAAGGGUAAUAAAAGAACAGUGGUUCAAAUAAGCACGCAUUGCACUAGCUAUGGGGUAUUAAAACUAUUACCUUUAAGAGAUUUUAAACCACCUCGUGAAUUAAAAGUGGCCUUGAAAAAUUAUCAAUCAGAAUGUGGUGGAAAUGAUAAGUUAUCCAAAGACUAUGUAAAACUUAUUAAUAGCUUUUCAGAUAUGAAGAAAAUAGAACCUGAAAAUUACUUGGUAUUAUUUAAGAUCUUUUUAUAUUUGGAAGCAUCUGCAUACAAGUUACAUAUAUCAUACCAUAAUUUAAAGAAAUAUGUGCUCGUACGCGAGCUCGGACCAAAUUCUGAUUUUGUUAUCAAUGUAACCACCCUAGAUGAAGAUCAUCCAUUCAUUACUAUUGGUGAUUUUGUUAAAAUUGUACAUCCACAGCGUAAAUAUUAUGCAAGAAUUACAAAUAUAAAAGAAAAGAAUGUACUUAUACAUAUACGCAAUAAGAAGGUACAAGAAAUACUUUUGAAUCAGGAUGUUGACAUAAAGUUUUGCCCAUCCAGCUGGUCAAUUAAGUGUUGUCAUUAUGUUUUGCAUGUUUUAUGUAAAAAUAAUUUAAUUAAUUCACUGUAUCCUAAAAGAGAUACAGACUAUGGUACUCCAUUAAAAGUAACACCACAUAGUGACUUUGAAUGGGUGAAUAAAAAUAUAAAAAGCAACCCAGAACAGAAAGAAGCUGUUAUUAAUAUAGUGCAUAAAACAGCACAUCCUGCGCCAUACAUAUUAUUUGGUCCACCUGGUACUGGGAAAACAAUGACAUUAGUUGAAACUAUUUGCCAGAUAAGAAAAAGACAUGUAUCCAAGAAUAUUUUGGUGUGUGCACCUUCUAACACAGCAGCAGAUGAAAUUGCAAAACGAUUAUUAGAAUUUAUUCCAUGUAAAGACGUAUUUCGAAUGUAUGCACCAUCCAGAAAUUGGGAGGACAUAGACAAAAACAUUAAUCCUUCUACAAAUUUUGUUAAUGAAGCAUGUGUUUUCUUGCCAAAAGAUAUUUUUAUUUUAAAAAAGAUAGUUAUUGCAACAUUAAUAACAUGUACAAGAUUAGUAUCACUUAAUUUAAAAAGUAAUCACUUCUCGUAUGUAUUUAUUGAUGAAGCAAGUCAGAGUAUAGAAUUAGAGUCUCUGAUUCCUAUUACUUUAAUAAGUUCACGAAAAGCGAAUAAGGAAGGUACAUUGCAUGGCCAAAUCAUUCUUGCUGGUGAUCCUUAUCAGUUAGGACCUGUUGUUUGGUGCAAAAAAAUUGAACACUUAUUAAGUAAAUCAAUGUUAGAAAGACUAAUGGAAAGAGAACUGUAUAAAAAAAAUGCCGAAGGCCAGUACGAUCCUCGUUAUAUAACAAAGUUAAUACGCAAUUUUCGUAGCAAAGAACCUAUUUUACACGUAUCUAAUGCUUCAUUUUACGAGAAUGAUUUAAUAUGUUGCAUGAAAUCAAAUGAGAUAUUGUCAAUUCCGAAUUUUUCAUUAUCAAAUCGUACUUUCCCCAUUUUAUUUAUUGAAAUCUAUGGUACAGAAAAAAGAACUGAAAAUGGAAGUGUUUACAAUGAAGAAGAAAUUAUGAUGGUAUCUAAUUUUGUAUCAAAAUUUAUGACUGCCAAGAUUGGUGCAUAUACAAUUAAAGAGAAUGAUAUUGGCAUCAUAACACCCUUCAAGCAACAAAAAAUUAUGAUUCAAAGGAAACUAAAUAAGAAAAAUCUACGAAACAUAACUGUUGGAACGAUAGAAUCGUUUCAAGGGCAAGAAAAAGAAAUUAUAAUUUUAAGCACUGCACGUUCCCAAGUGUUUCAACAUGAUGGUAAAAAACAUAUUGGAUUUUUAUCAAACCCAAAGGUAAAAAUUGUGUAA